CGAGGAUUCUCCGAGUGGUCGCCCAUUCGCGAUGCUGGGUGGGCUAUGAAUCAAUCUACCCAAGUGAAGCACCUAUCGCACGGUGAUGCUCUGCUCAUUGCAAAGUCCGCUGUCACCAAUUGCCAAACCUUUUUUUUUCGAACUCUUUAGGCACAAGACUUACAACCGUGCAAAAGACUCGCACACCAAGCCUGUAGCAAGAAUGACACGCGAAUGCUGCUGCCCUUUGUCAGAUCAGCCCUCGAUCGGCGGUACGAGCAAGAGAAGCCUUUUUUUCCGAUUGUGUCGGCGCUGUUCCACGACUUUCUACCGAUCGGCUCAAUGUGACGCGCAUUCCACCAAGUCUGCAAAUCAACAAGAGGUCUACAUGUCGAUCAGCAGCCGAUUUCAUGUACCGUGGUCCUUCACUUUCAACACAAAUCAGGAGACUUUCAUUCCCCAGCUUGCUUUCAGCGUCAUUGUAGCUGCCCACUCGAGGCCACAUCCAUGUAUCACCAAUCCGAAGUGUCAAUUAGCAUAGAAUGAGA